AUGGACAGAGAAAGAUGGCCGUGGAUUAUUAUGAAAGAAGAAAUGAGAGGUUUACUAAACGGAAGAGCAACAAAAUGGGGUAAAGAAGUGAAAAAAAUAUUAGAAAAAAUGGGUUGUGAGGAAGUAGUCAGGAUGAUAUAUAAAGAGCAGGAAAUAGAAGAAAUAGAAACAAAACUGGACGAAGGGAUAAUGAGAAUAAAAGAAGAAGCAAAAAAAGAAGACGAGGAGGCGAUAGAGAAAUCAUCAUACUGCAAAUUAUAUAAGAAAAUAAAAAUAGACAAAGAUAAAAAUUACUAUUGGGGAAAAGAUGAAAUAAGUGGGGAAGAUAAGGAAACAUGGGCGAGGGUACGAUGUGGGAACAUAGGAAGAGGGGGAAAGAAAGGAUUUAAGGAUUGGAGAUGCAGAGUAUGUGAGGGGGAAGAAGAAACCCUGAUGCAUAUAAUGAAAUGUGAAGAAAUAUAUGAAAAAGUUGGAGAAGAAGGAAAGAGUUUUUUAAAUGAAUGGAAAAAUUUAGAAAAUGAAGAGGUUGAAGAAAGAUUAAUAGAAGUACUAAAGGGAAGAAUAGACGGGAGAGCAUGCACGGUCUUCAGAAAAAUUGAAGAGAUCCUAAGGGAAAAAACGGGAUUGCGGAAUUUGGGGCAGGAGGGUCACCAGAACAACGACGUGCAAACAAGAGGAAAAAAGAAAAGAAAAGAAAAAUAG